UUUAAAAAGCUGAAGAGUGACAACACUUCAUGAAUAUAUUCCGUGAAUCGCGUUGUCACUCUCCCCAACUUCCUUCUCUGCAUUUACUGUCUUUCCAUUUCCAAAACCAAGGAUUUUAAUUCUUUCUCAUUUUGGACGCUCUCAAGUGUAAAGGAGGAUGGCUGAUGUAGAGGAUAUUCAACCCCUUGUCUGCGAUAAUGGGACCGGAAUGGUUAAGGCCGGGUUUGCCGGUGAUGAUGCACCAAGGGCAGUAUUCCCUAGUAUUGUUGGACGUCCAAGACACACCGGUGUCAUGGUUGGUAUGGGCCAGAAAGAUGCAUACGUUGGAGAUGAAGCGCAGUCUAAGCGAGGUAUCUUAACGCUGAAGUACCCUAUUGAGCAUGGUAUUGUUAGCAACUGGGAUGACAUGGAAAAGAUCUGGCACCAUACUUUUUAUAAUGAACUUCGUGUUGCUCCCGAAGAACAUCCUGUCUUGCUGACUGAGGCUCCAUUGAACCCUAAGGCUAACCGGGAAAAGAUGACUCAGAUUAUGUUUGAGACAUUCAAUGUCCCUGCUAUGUAUGUUGCCAUUCAGGCUGUUCUCUCGCUGUAUGCUAGUGGUCGUACUACAGGUAUUGUGCUCGAUUCUGGUGAUGGUGUGAGCCACACUGUGCCAAUCUACGAAGGUUACGCACUUCCUCAUGCAAUACUCCGUUUGGAUCUUGCUGGACGCGAUCUCACUGACUAUCUCAUGAAAAUCCUGACCGAGAGAGGUUACAUGUUCACAACUUCUGCUGAACGAGAAAUUGUUCGUGAUAUUAAAGAAAAGCUAGCCUACAUUGCUCUUGAUUACGAGCAGGAAUCAGAGACCGCCAAGAGUAGCUCUGUGAUAGAGAAAAACUAUGAGCUGCCUGACGGGCAAGUGAUCACAAUCGGAGCUGAGAGAUUCCGGUGUCCAGAAGUCCUCUUCCAGCCUUCAUUUAUUGGUAUGGAAUCCGCUGGCAUCCAUGAAACAACCUAUAACUCGAUCAUGAAAUGUGAUGUCGACAUUAGAAAGGACCUUUAUGGUAACAUUGUUCUUAGCGGUGGUUCAACUAUGUUCCCUGGUAUCGCUGAUCGUAUGAGCAAAGAGAUUACGGCUCUUGCUCCUAAUAGCAUGAAGAUCAAGGUUGUUGCGCCACCUGAGAGAAAAUACAGUGUGUGGAUAGGAGGAUCUAUUCUUGCAUCACUCAGCACAUUCCAACAGAUGUGGAUCUCCAAGGGUGAAUAUGAUGAGUCUGGCCCGUCAAUCGUUCACCGUAAAUGUUUCUAGGUUGCGUGUUCGAGAUCGUUGGCCAAGUAGUUCCCUUCUCUUUGAGAAAACUAACUUGAUGAAACUUCCGGUGUACUAUAACUUUAGUUUGGUUGAAAUGAAAUGGAGAUCAGGUUUUAUGGAUAUAUAUUGUAGGAUAAAGUAAUGAAGCUUUUUUUAUGAUUUUAUUUUCUAAGUGUCUUUAAAUGAUACUCGUUUUAUCUCUCGUGAGAAAGCAUCAUUUGACUCAAAAAGCUCACAUAUACUCAAGUCAAACUGAUGUUUUUUAUUGGAGUUUUUAUAGAAGGAAUUGAGGAGACCAUUAGUUUGGAGAACAUUGGGUAUUUAUAUGAGUUCCAUAUCAUUAGUUUCAUACUUUUAUUCCUCUGAAAUAAGUCAAAUGAUGUUAUCUUAAAGGAACACAAAGAGUAUCAUAUAAGUCUUAAAUAAUCAAUAUUCCCAAAGUGGACUUUAAUAUAUUGGAUAUUUGGAUUCUCAUAAAUUUUUAUCAUAAGCGUCUACCAAUUUGUAUCCUUGAA